CAGUGCCGGCCGUGCCGGCGGACAGCACGAUCAUCUUGCUGCUGAACGCCCCGGCGGCCCCGCUGCAGUCCAGGAACGGCAGGUCCCUAGGGGACUACCGGGACGGGCUCGACGUGGAGUCGCGGACGAUCCGGUGGAGCUCCCAGCGGCGGGACAAGCAGAGCAAGAUGAUCGGGAGCAUCGUCCAGCACCAGCGUGCUGGAGGUCGCCUGGUCGUGGCGGUGCGCGCUGGCGCCGACCAGGGCAAGGACUUCAAGCUCCUCGGGGAGGUCGCCAGGAUCAGCGACGUGAAGGAGGCGCAGUUCCUGAUCAGGGAGGGCGAGAGCGUCCUGCAGGAGAAGGGCUCGGACCUCUGCCACAAGUACAUCACGGCGGGGUGCCUCACGGACUCCCUCCGCAGCGGCGUCGGCCUCACGGCCAUCAGGUACCCGCUGCCCGACAGUUGGGGCAACCCGCGAUGGUGCCCGGCAUGCUGCUUCGAGCCCCCGUCCGCGGUGCUGCACUUCGACGCGCUGACCGAGGAGGGCAUCUUGGCCUACGGGCGGCCCACGCGGGCGGCGAAGGCCGAGAGGGGCGUGAAGGCGGAGAGGGGCGUCAAGCGGGAGCCCGACGGCACCCAGCCGACGCUGGUGGAGGUGCUGCAGCGCCCGACGAAGCGCGUCAGGGGCAAGCAGCCCCUGGUGGUGAUCAAGGAGGAGCCCGGGGACGCCGCGGGUGGGGCCGCCCAGGCCGCCGCGCCCGCCGCCGCGGCGGGGCACGAGGAGGCCAAGGGCGACGGCGAGGCGCCCCCCGACGAGCGCGCGCGGGCCGAGGGCAGCGGGCCAGUGGAGGCGGCCGCGGAGCCGCUGGCCGAGGCGGCCGCCGAGGGCGCUGGCCCCGACUGCGCCAUGGUGGUGGACCCUGGGGAGCCGGCCGCGCCUGGCAGCGAGGGCGUGGAGGUCAUCAAGGUCAAGCUGGUGGGCAUCAAGAGGGAGCUGGCGGAGGAGGCCGCGGCGAGGGCCACGCCCUCUGGCGCGGCGCCGGUCGCGUGA